CGACGAACCAACGCAGCAGAAGCAGCAGAAGCAGCUCUUUGCCACUCACAAUGUUCUCCAACUACAAGUUGUUAUUUCUGGUUCUCUGGGCUCUUUUGAUUUUUCUCUGCAUUGGCAUCAUCUUCUACUUCAACAGGCUUUUGGGCUUGCUCAUUUCCUUUGUCUUGAAGCUCGUUCUCUGGAAAUUCUACAACAUCUCCAUCACCUUCCAGUCCUUCAAGCUCUCAUUCCUAGUGGGCUCCUGUGUUUUUAAGAACUUGACCAUCGUCACCAACGACUACACUGUGUCUGUUCUCCAUGGCAGCUUGGUCUGGCGCUACUGGUUGAGAAACACAAGAUUCUCGCGCUACUUCUUCAAUUCUUCCACCUCUUAUGAGUCUGAAUUAAAUGAAAAAUUACCCUCAAAGUACAUCCUCAAGCUCAAUGGCCUAGAGGUAUUCUAUUACAACAGAUCUGAUUUAUAUAAUCAAAUAUUAACCGAUUUCUCAAAGAAUUCCAACAGUAAUAGAAACCCAUCUCAUGAUGAUAACACUGAUAAGGAAAACUCUGAUUUUGAUAACGAUAAUGAUAAUCGCGAUCACAAUACUAACAACAAUCACAACGAUAUCAACGAUAGCAACAAUAACAAUGAAAACAUUGAUAAAACAAAACAAAACAUAAAAUUAGAUAAAGAAAACUCAAAAUAUUUAAGCUUCAUAUUAAAUUUUCUUCCCUUAUCAAUCUCAAUUAAUAAAGGCGCUUUAAUAAUAGGUAAUAACCUCACUUCUUCAAUUUUAAUCUCUUCAUUUAAUGAUGCAAUUGGCUCUUUAGAUAUCUUAUCCUCUUUAUCUCAAAACGAUUUGUAUAAUCAAUUAUUAAUCUUAAAUUUAAACAAAUUCAAAAUCACCAUAAAAAAAAACAUAUCCUACAACUCUGAUAAUGAUACUACUGCUAAUGAUAAUGAUAAUGAUAAUUACAAACAAAACAAUAAUAAUAAAAAUACUCUUUUAAAUAAUGACUUGAAACUCAAUUUCAAAAAAAAAAAAGUUAAAACAAAAAGUUUUAAUAAAUUAUUCAAUUAUAAAUAUUUAUGGCCAAGUUUGCCACAAUACCUUCAUUAUGACCAAUUUAACCAAUCCACCCAAUCUUUUCAAUCUUCUAAUAAUAAUGAUCAAUCCUCUCUAUUUCAAAACUCGGCAAAUGACUUAUCACUUUUAACUAAAAACGUUGAAUACGCUAUAUAUUCAACUCUAUUAGACGCUCAGUCAAUUCAAUUCAACUAUUAUUAUGAUAUCCCCAAACAUUCAAUUAACGCGAUUGCCUCGCAAUUAGAUACUCCUCCUCAAUUUGGCAUAGACUUAAUAAUAUCAAAUUCUAUAAUAAACUAUGGCCCUUGGGCUGAAAGACAAAGAAUAUCUUUAUACAACUUUUUUUUUCCAAAUCAAAAUAAUUAUAAAGAUUUGGUUUAUAAUAAUAACGCUAAUGAUAAUAUUAACAUAAAACGGGAAUACCAAAAUUUUAAAAUUAAUAUCAAUUUCAUAGAUAAGGGCUCCAUAUUAAGAAUUCCAAUGAAGGAAAAUAGUAAAGAUAUCGAAUUAAUCAAACAAUAUCAAAAAACUCAAUUAAACAAAAAAAAGCACCUUAAUCUUAAUCAUUUUGAUAUUAAAAGACCCUUUGCUUGGCUAGAAUUAAAAUUCUCUGCUGGUUCCUCCAUAAAAAUUAAUUCAGAUAUGAUAUUAAAACCAGAUGGCUUUAAUUCCAAUUUAAUUUGUAGAUUAACUGACCUUGAACUAAGUACGAGUUUAAAUCAUGAUAUCUUUUUAAAGUGUUCAGAACAUAAUUUAAACUUAACAAUGAACUAUCCUUUAAAGUGGAAUGAUACGAAUAAAUGGACUGUAAAUAACACUUCAAGAGAUAUUGAGAUUUUUUUAUUAAGAGAUCAUUUCACUUUAUUAACUGAUUUACUUUACGAUUUCACUACAAAUAACACCACUCCAAAAGAAGCUUUAAAUCAAUAUAAUCUUUUUAGACCCUACCUCUAUAUUUUUAACUGGAAUCUCAUAGGCAAUUCUGCUUUAUAUUUAAAUAUUAAUGAAAAAAACAUUAUAAAUAAUCCUCUAGAUUUUGAUAAAAAUGUUUAUUUAUCAAUCAAGACAGAUGAAGAUAUUUUAAUUCAGUUGGAAGUUCCAACUUUAAGCAUCUAUCCCAAAUCCACAACAAUUCAUUUUAAUCUAUUCUCAAAACUUUUAAAUCUCAAUAUUGAAGCCCCUUCUUGGCACACUUUUAAUAGUUUUUCAAAAUCUAAUAAGGCCAUGAAAUCCUAUAAUUUUAGUGUAGAUGGUUCUUAUACCUAUUAUAGUAAAGUUGAGUUGGACUUGGUUGAUUCAAUUAUAAUAAAUUGUAAAGGUGAAAAUGUAACUUUUAUUGCUUACGGUUUUUCCGUCAAAUACAUUAUGACUUUUAUUGAAAACUAUUUCGGUGAAAAUAUCCAUUUUAAAACUCUUGAAGAGUAUAAAAAUUCCUUUAAUGAUAAAGAUCGAAAGUCUUUUGAUGCAAAUAAUCAACAAAAAAUUAUCAAUAAUUUAAAAUUUACUCCAACUUUAUCAAAAAGAAAACGAAAAAAAAUUGAUGAAUUUCAAAGAACCGAAAAUGAGAUCGAUGUUCUAUUUUCUUUUUGUGUUGAUGAUGGAUGUCUAAUUUUACCAAAUCAUAUUUAUGAUUCGGAUUCUCAUAUGUCUCUAAGCCUUUCAAAUUUCGAUGUUGAUAUCAGGUUUACAAAUUAUUAUAUGGAUUUACAGUGCGAUAUUUCUCCAAUAAAUCUCAAAUUCAUGAAAAAUAUUAAAACUAAAGAUUUGUUUGAAAAAAAUUUAGGCUUUAAAUUACAAAAGAAAUAUGAUAUGUUUAUUGAUUCUAUAAAUGUUCACGGCCAUAGACUCUUUGGCUUGCCACCUGAUGAACCCACAUAUGUUUGUAAAUGGGAUAUUAAAAAUGGAGCAGUUAUAAUAAACUCUAGUGGAAAUUUUUUAAAUGAACUAAUCAAUUCUUUUAAAAAAAUUGCAUUUGGAUAUGAUGAUAUCGAAAAUUCAUCUUUGACAUCUAUCCCUAUAGUUCAUGAUGUUACAUUUUUCACUUACUUCUGUCCUCUGGUUUCCAUAAAAUUAUCUGAUGAUAAGGAUUCGGGGCUUGUUUCUUUAUUUUUAAACAAAAUUUCUGUGAAAUUCAAUGAUUUGGCAAACAAUAAAUAUAGUUCAAGGCUAGAUGUUAAGGUGGACUCAAUUUCACUUGAAAUAAAAGAAAAUAAAAAUGAUUCACUUUUAUAUGGUGGUUUAACAACUUCUCUUGAAUUAACAAAUUUUGGAAGGAAAAAAAAUUUUAUCUCGGAAAGUGUGUUACAACAGCAACAUUUACAAAAACAUGAUGCAUGUUUUCAUCGAUGUCCCUUUUUUUUAGCAACCAAAAAUCGCGAUGAUUUUUAUUUAAAUUCCUAUCAUGCUAUUUUUCCAUCUUUACCUAUUCCUGAUAUUUCCUGGCCUUUGAAUUCUUUCACAAAAAAUGCGAGUUCGGAACAUUUUUUAAAUGAAAAUAAUACAUCAAAAAAGCCUAAUAAUACAAAAAGACUGGAAAAAAAAGAAAACGAGUAUUAUUUUGGAGAAAGCACAGUGCCGAAUAUUAUCGAACAAAAUUCUGAAACUGAAACUGAUAGCUUGAUUAUUAAUUUUGCAACUACCAACAGUUUUUUAUUGCCUUCUUCUUUUGAAAUAGUUUUGGAUGUACUUGAAAGCUUUCUUUCCACAUCUUUUGAUAGUAUUCUAGAUAAUUUGCAAAUUGAUACUGUGGAUGAACUUAUUGAGAUGUUAGAAAAAAAAUCCGGUAUAAAAUUUUUUAGAUUAUUGGUUUCCUCCUUUAACUUUAAAUAUGGUGAAUUUAAGGUAUCUUCUGUAAAAGAGUUAUUUACAAAAGAAUCUUCACAUAAGAUUAUUGAGUCACAUAUCUCAUUUAAAGUAACUGACAUUUCUGUGUCACUGAAAGAAAAAAAAGUGAUUGUGAAAGAGUCAAAGAAUAUUAUGGAAACUCAAGACGAAACAACGGUUGCCGCUAAUGUAAAACAAAUAAUAUUGAAUAUCUAUAAGAAUGACAUUGGAGAAUCAGAGAAUAUUUUUACAUUUUUGUUAAAUGAUAUUGAAGCAUGGUAUACUAACGAUUCUAAAGUGAAAAACUGUUCAUCUUUUAGUUUGGAAAAUUUCAAUAUUUUAAUCAAAGAAUCACAAUUAUACUGGUUAGAAAAUUUUUUGAUAUAUUUAUUUGAAAAAACUAUUUUGUCGACUAGGAAAUUUGAAUCUGUUUUUUCGAAUCAAAAAAAAGCAGAGAUUGAACUACUUUACAAAUUGUCAACUGGUAACUCGGAAUAUCCUGUUCAACAUGAUCCAGCUGCGCUAACAAAACCAAUGUUUAUAUUUGGUUUAUCAAAAAAUCAUAUCAGGAAUAGUGAUAGCUGGAGAUUUAUAACUAAAUUGCGACAUAUUUUUUUAAAUUUACCGAGCCAAUGGCAUCAAAGGACUUUAAAAGUUUUUGAUUUGUGUCUCUGGGAGGCACCAAAAGACUCAAAAGAAAUAGUAGCAAGAUUUUUUUCCGAUUGGAGAAGUUGGGAAGAUUUCAACAUUGAAGAAAGUUACAUAUUCAAAUAUGUUUUUGAAAAAUCGACCAAACUGAAAAACAUAGAAGAAUUUUCUUUUCGAGCUUACAUUAAAAAUUUUUGCAUUCGUUUAAUUUCUGACAAUAUGGAAAACAAUUAUAUUUUGCUAAAUCAUAUUAAUAUUCAGGUUUCAAACCCCAGUUUUUUAUUAGAAGGUUUGAAUUCAUUAGAAAUCCAACCUGGAGCCAAACCAGAAAAUUUUAAAAUCAACAUUAGUGUAUUUUCUUCUUCUAUUAAAAUAUCUCCUCUUUGUUUCAGUUUGAUCAAAGCAUUUAAGUACAUAUCCAAAUCGAGUAUUUUUCAGAAUGAGUCUAAGACAUUAGUUUCUAGUGAGAAAAAUAAUAACAAAGAAAUUAAAAAUAACAGUGUUAUUAUUGCACACGCAUUAUUUUUUAUUGAAAAUCUGGAGCUUGAGAUUUUGAUCGAUAAAACUUCAUACAAAUGCAACUCACUAGACAGUUCACUUGCUUUGUUUUUAUCUUUGGAUUUUUUGCAAAAUAAAUUUUCGAUGGUAAGCAACUACACAUUAAAGUAUUUUGAUUUUUAUAUUUUACUCAAUUCUUCUGUUUUGGGAUUUUAUUCUUUUGAAGAGCUUUUACUUGAUUUUGUGAAUGAAAGUUCAUCUGAAAAAGAUAUGAAAAAAUUGGAUAUUAAUUUGAAAACAUCUUAUUUGUUAUUUGAAAAAAAUAGUGAUGUGUAUAUUGAAUUUGCAGACAUCUUUUUGAAUAAUGAGUUGGAUAUUUUUAAAAACUUAAAUCUCUCAGAUGCUGAUAAUGAAAUGCAUCAAACGGAGACCUCAGAUUCAAGUCCCAAUUUUUUUGUUGAGAAUAUUUUGAAUUCAAAUUGGAUAGUUUCUUUUCAGAUAAACCAAAUCUCAUGGGAACUUGAUCUUUUUUCUUCAAUUGACUUAAACGGAUCAAUUUCAAGAAUAUCUAGUGUAUUUUAUUUUGUGAAUUCGCUUUUAAUUUUGGACUUUUCACUAGAUGAUAUAACUAAUAAUUUUUUGUAUAAAAAUGAUAAUGGAGAAAAUAUCAAUUUGAUUUAUUAUUUCCACAAUUCUUUUAAGUUUUUAACUAAAACAAGAUGUGAAUUUCUCAUUUCUAUUAACAAAUCUAUUUUUGAUGUGAAUAUUUUUUCUGGAAAGUCAUUGUUGAAAGUUCCUGAUUUACCAUAUAUUUUAAAACUUUUUUUUGAAACACAAAAUGAUUUUGAAAUCACUUUCAAUAAAUUUUCUUCUUUUAUUAAAACAAUAUCAGAUCUGGAAUCUGAAAAUGGUAAUAAAACAAUGUCAAGUGAUUAUAAAUUCAAACUUUCUUUUAUAAGCGAAAUUAUUAGAUUGUCUUUUUUAAUUGAAGAUUGUGAAUUAUUUAUUGAGCUUGAAAGCAUAAAAUCUUUUUGGCAGAAUUUCAUUCAAGAAUCUAAAGCAGAUAGCAAAUAUGAUAAAGACAUUUUUUCUAUUGUACCAAUCAAUGGAGUAUUUGAUUUGUCUUCAGUUCAUUUUUCUGUUAACAAUUCCAUUAUCUCUAAAAUGAUGUCGAGAAUUAUUGAUAUAAACUUUGAAUUUAAGCUAAAAAAUGUCAAAACUGAAAAUGACUUUAAACAAAAAAUAGAAGCGGAAUCUCAAUUUGCUCGUAUUUAUUUUAACCCAUUCGUCUUAGUCAAAAUUUUCCAAAGUAUAGACAUCUUAUCUUCUAUUGCUGAAAAAUAUCAAAACUCAUUAUCACACACUUCUAACUUUAAGAAUUCUACAGAAGAUUUUGAUUUGUCUAAUCCAAUUGAAACACUUUUUGGGUUAUAUUCAAUUCAUUUUUUCUUGCAUAAUGUUUGUUUUGGAUGGAUAUUUGAUGAAAAUGAUAGUAUUACUGCUCCAAAGGGCAUAAUAACAGGUUGUAGUGAGGCAUUUAUAAAUUUAGAAAAAAACAAGGGAAUCUUUAAAACAAAAUAUGGAUUUUUUGGGACUUCUUAUGGUUGUUAUUCUGAUAACUUUUAUUGCCCUCCUAACAAAAACAUUGACGAAGGUCAGAAUCGAUCGUUUUUACCCAGUAUUCAGGUAUUUUAUGAUGUAAAGACCAACAUCAACAACAGUAAAGAUGUUGAGUUUACUGUUUAUGGAGAGGAACUCGAUGUGAAAUGUUCAUCCGAAGCAAUUCCAGGAGUUUUGAAAAGUUUUUUGAAUUCUGUUGUGCUAACUCAGGAUCUAAGUUCUAAAUAUCGAAAAAGGACGCUACGGGUGUCUUCUGUUAAAACUGAAUCUGUUGAUAGUAGCAUGUGGAUUCAGUUUUUGGGUCUUAAAUCUUUGAAAUGUCUAAUGACAUUUGCUGGUGGGAACAUUAAUAUAGUUCAAUCAUCGUUUGGAUUGAGUUCGGGUUCUUUGAAUCUUCAUUCACCCAAGGUUCAAAUUUUGGUUGAGUAUAAUAGCAAAACUUUAAAUUCCUUACAAAAAUUAUUAUUGAAAUUUAUAAUUUUUGAUUCUGAUAACACAUUGAAUGCAAAUAGUGUUCCUAUAAUAAUUGACAUCUCCUCAGGAAUUAGAUGUUUAAUGAAGCAAUCACGGCCAGUAUCAGAAAACCAAACCAAAAAAGCAGAAGUUAACUUAACUGAUAAAAAAUCUGAAAAUAAUGGAAUAAAUUUAAUUCGGAUCUUAAGAGAUUUUGAUUUUCAAUUUUCUUUGCAUGUUAAACCUCAAAGAAUAAGUUUGAGUUGCGAACCAACAGCAAAAGUCAAAGCAAUUGUGUCUACUAAUAGUUUAAAGAUUCAAUUUAACACAAUAACCAAAGAUCAACAGACGGAUAUGAUCAAUGGCUCGAUUUUACUUUCUGGAAUUUCUGCUUCUUUACAACAUAUUUAUUCGAGAGCUAUUAGUGGAUCUGUUCAAAUAAAGGAAAUUCUUUUAAAUGUAGCCUUAUCUGAUGUGGAUUCAGUUAGUAUUUCUUCAGCAAAUAUUUUUGCGGAUAAUUCAUAUUAUGUCAAUAUCAAGCAAUUAGAAGAUAUUGAUAUGUUUUUGAAUAUUUGGUUUCCCAAAGAACUAUAUAAAUCUGAUUCAUCGAAUGAAUUAGCAGAGCUAAAAGUUGAAGAACCUAGUGAUUUUAUUGAUCAAAGUUUGGCAAACAGAUUGCAUGAAGUAACUACAACCUAUGCUUUUCCUUGGACUAUUAAUUUCUUGUUGAUAAAUACAACAGUUAAAGUUGAUUUUGGCCAGUCUUUGGGUAUUGCUUCAUUCAACUUGGAUAGAUUUUGGUUUGUUAGCACAAAGACCAAAGAUUGGGGACAAAAUAUGACGUUGGGAUUUGAUAAUAUUUUCUUGGUUAGUAAAGGAAGAUUAAGUGGAUCAGUUUUACUUGAAGAUAUUAGAUUGAAUUCAGUUAUUUCUUGGAGAGAAGGCUCUAAAAUUCCACUUAUCUUAAUAUCUGCAGGAGUUGAAAAAAUAGAAGUCAAGAUUGGAUUUGAUUAUCAUUGUUUUUUCAUUGCUAAUAUUCAAAAACUAUGUGGUAAUAUAUUUAAUCAAAGAGAUAAAUUAGGGGUUUCUCAUGAUCGUUUAGUUGGGAUGGGUAAUUGUUCAGUUUUAAAUAUUUAUUUAACAGCUCUAUCAGCUUCUAAUUUUCUGGAUAUUUAUUCUACAUUUUCUCGUAUUUCUGAAGAUAAUAAAACUUCCUACAAGGAUAUUUUAGAUGAUGAAAAUUUGAACAAUGAUCAGAGUUCAACCAAGUCCAAGAAAUUUGCAGAUGAACUACUAAAAAGUAUCAAUAGACUCAAAACUGAAUUAGAUGUUACACUUGGAAAAGUUUUGAUUCACAUAUAUCCAAGCUCAUUAAUCGAUUCUCAAGUAUUGAUAUAUGAAGCAAGUGAUGCUUUUGCAAAAUAUUCACAGGAUGAAAAGAAUUCCGAAUAUAACUUUCUUGAAAGCAAAUUAGAAUUGGUCAUUAAUAAUUUUUUUCUUAAGCUAUCCAGUUUCAAGAAUCAAAUUUCUAAAGAAGUUUUUAAUGAUUUGUCAGUUUCAAAUUUUGUUAGGCAUUCAGAAGCUGCUACUGGUGGGACUAUUUUUAUAUUUCCUUCUUUAUUGAUCUCAAUGGUAACGGUUGAUCAACUCAGUCGCAGCAAUGUGGUUUAUUAUAGUUUCAACAGUUCGUUUGGCGGGAAAGUGGACAUUAGUUGGAAUCUUCGGUCAAUUAGUUUUAUCCGAGAAAUGUGGACAACCCAUUCGAGAGCAUGGAGCUCUAGGACAUCAGUCAAAUUUGUUGAAGAAAAUGAGGAAAAAGAUAGAAAAAAUAAAGAAACAGAAAGUAGCGAAAAAGAGAUACUAGUUUCAAGUGAAAUGAAAAACAAUAUACUGGACGAAUCUGAGAUCAGUAUUGAAGACGUGAAAUUGGAUUCAAGAUAUAUCUACGUUCCAAUAAAGCCACUACAUAUUGAAGCACCCCAAUUGAAAGAUCUUGGAGAUGCUACACCUCCACUCGAGUGGUUUGGUCUAUACAGGAAAAAAUUUCCUCUGCUCACGCACCAGUAUGUGAUGAUAAUGAUGAACAAAAUAGUUGACGAAGUCGAAGCGAAGUACGCCAGCAAUCUAGGCAAAGCAUGAUAUAAUAAGGCAAUGUGGUAUAAUAUAGUAUAAUAUAGUAUAAUAUAAUGGUUAUCUAGAGUGAGCACGUGUAGAUGU